AUGGCUGACCAGACCAUCCCAUACACUCCCUUGCCAGUGUCAAUCCCCCCCGUCUCCCAGGAGCAGUUGUUCUCCGAGCUGCAAUGGACUACGCUCUUGUCGAUCGCCAGCACGGUCGUCCCCAGAAUCCGCAGCAGGGGAGGGUCGAGAUCCUCGUCCGAUAAACAGGUGUCCAAGGCAGUCUAUGACCAGGCCCUUGCUUCGUUGACUGCUAAAAUUCACGACCCGGAUGCCGGCGUCAUCGCCGCCCAGUACUUGGCAGAAGACGUGUCGACAAACGCCGCCUUUCGCGAGAAUAUCCAGCGUCUGUUCACGACCUACGUCCACCAAGAGGGCCGAAACGGCAUCAGUCUUAUUUUGAAUGUCCUCAAUACCAGAGCCGGCUCCCUGCUCCUGACCGGGUCCAUGACGCCGUUCCAGAACCAACCAUUCGAAGUCCGCGAGAAUGUCUUCCGCGGAUGGGAGACGUCCCGGUUAAAGCCCCUUCGUGCCGUCUUCCGCGCCUUGUCCGCCAUCUCCAGGCGGACGUGGAUCGUCACCAGCCCUACCGCGUUGCAGGCCAUCGGGUUCCCCCAGGUUCCCGCCCAUGGGCAACCGCGGGACAGUCAUCCCUUUGAAUUCCUUGGCUUCCCCGGUGGUGAUCGCCCCGAGAUUAUCGAAACCGACGUGGUGAUCGUCGGUAGUGGCUGCGGCGGCGGCGUGGCGGCCAAGAAUCUCGCGGAGGCGGGCCACAAGGUGAUCGUUGUCGAAAAGGCCUACCAGUACUCCUCGCGCAACUUCCCCAUGAGUUUUGACCAAGGUUUCGUCAGUAUGUUCGAGGGCUCGGGGGCAGUGACGACGGACGAUGGCACCAUGGGCGUGUUCGCCGGAUCUGUCUGGGGCGGCGGUGGCACCGUCAACUGGUCGGCGUCCCUCCAGACCCAGGGCUAUGUGCGCCAGGAGUGGGCCGACGGUGGCCUGCCCUUCUUUACCUCGAUGGAGUUCCAAAACAGCUUGGACCGCGUGUGCGAGCGCAUCGGUGCCAGUUCGGAGUACACCCGUCACAACCACCAGAACCGGGUGCUCCUGGAAGGCGCCCGGAAACUGGGAUACUCGGCCAGCGCGGUACCCCAGAACACGGGGACUCACGAGCAUUACUGUGGCCACUGCACGAUGGGCUGCCACUCAGCUGAGAAGCAGGGCCCCACCGAGACGUACCUCGCGGAUGCGUCCAAGGCCGGUGCGCAAUUCAUCGAGGGAUUCCAUGUCGACCGGGUCCUCUUCACCAACACGAAGGCCGGCCGUGUGGCGUCUGGUGUUGAGGGCACGUGGACGUCGCGAGACGCCUGGUGCGGUCAGUCCGGGCCGACUGCCAUCAAACGCAAGGUCAUCAUCAACUCGAAGAAAGUGGUCGUUUCGUGCGGGACUUUGCAGAGUCCUUUGCUUCUGCUGCGCAGUGGCAUUAAGAACCCGCAGGUCGGCCGGAAUCUCCAUUUGCAUCCGGUUGUCAUUGGGGGAGCCGUCUUUGAUGAAGAGACCCGUCCGUGGGAAGGGGCCGCGCUGACCACCGUGAUCGACGAGUUUGAGGACCUUGACGGACACGGCCACGGUGUCAAGGUCGAAUGCCUGACCAUGUUGCCGCCGGCAUUCCUCCCGGCGUUCACGUGGCGCGACGGGCUGGAUUGGAAGAUGUGGACGGCCAAGCUGUCGCACAUGGCGGGCUUCAUCACGCUCACCAAGGACCGCGACACCGGUCGGGUGUACCCAGACCCGGUGGACGGACGAUUGCGCAUCGACUACACGCCGUCGGUCUUUGACCGCAAGCACAUCGUGGAGGGGAUCGUGACGGCGGCGAAGGUGGCCUACAUCGCGGGGGCCAAGGAGUUCCGCACGUCGUACCGCGACAUGCCGCCGUUCGUGCGACCGGACCCGGCCAACACGAAUUCCGCGGAGGGCACCAACAACGCGGCGCUGCAGGCGUGGAUCUCGGAGCUGCGUCGCAAGACGCCGUGCGACCCGGAGCGCACCAUGUUCGCGAGUGCGCACCAGAUGGGCACGUGCCGCAUGGGGUCGUCGGUGCGCAGCAGCGUGGUGGACCCGGAGUGUCAGGUGUGGGGGACUCGGGGGCUGUACGUGAUGGACGCGUCGGUGUUCCCGAGCGCCAGCGGAGUGAACCCGAUGGUGACCAACAUGGGGAUUGCAGACUGGGCGAGUCAGAAGUUGGCCAAGUCGUUGGACAAGCAGAUGAGCAAGACUAGGUUGUAA